AUGGGAAGAUCGCCUUGUUGCGAGAAGAACGGCCUGAAGAAAGGCCCGUGGACUACAGAGGAAGAUCAGAAGCUCGUCGAUUACAUUCAGAAGCACGGUUGUGGCAACUGGCGCACCCUCCCCAAAAAUGCUGGGUUGCAAAGAUGCGGGAAGAGCUGCCGUCUCCGGUGGACGAAUUACCUCCGGCCGGAUAUCAAGAGGGGCCGGUUCUCUUUCGAGGAAGAGGAGGCCAUCAUCCAGCUCCAUAGUGUCCUCGGAAACAAUUGGGUUGAACUUUGUGGUUUGGUUAGGUGGUCGGCGAUUGCGGCUCGGUUGCCCGGGCGGACCGACAACGAGAUCAAGAACUUCUGGAACACGCACAUUCGGAAGAGGCUCCUGAGGAUGGGGAUCGACCCGGUCACACACAGCCCGAGGCUCGACCUCCUCGACCUGUCCUCCAUUCUGGGCGUCUCGCAGCCAAACUUCUCGAGGCUGCUCGGCGGCGUCCAGUCCCUGAUCAACCCCGAAAUCCUGCGCCUCGCCACCUCCAUCCUCUCGUCAAAAUCGCAAUCAUCGACGACGACGUCGUAUCAACCCGAUACUCAAAUUCAAACCCAAGCCCAAAAUCAACCCUUCUUCACGAGCGAUCACCAACGGUACCAACCGGUCGCGGUCCAACCGGUUUGCUCCGAGUUUCAAGAAAUGACUGCUAACUGUACAACGACGACAACGACCGUGGAGAACACGCCGCGUGUCCAGUUCUCCGAUGCCGACGUGGGCCCCACGGUUUGGGACAACAAUUAUUUGGACGGCGGCGGCUAUGGUAUUCGACAAUCUGAUUACUACUACGCGUCGGGUUACGAGGACCAAACGGCCGGUGGUCUUGUUGACCCGUCAACGACGGCAGAGAGCUGGUUUAGCCUCCCGCCGGCGUCGGUGUUAUCGACGCCGUCUUCCAGCCCGACGCCGUUGAAUUCAAACUCGACUCACAACAAUUUCAGUACGGAGGACGAGAGGGACAGCUAUUGUAGCAAUGUGUUGAUGUUCGAGAUGCCCGAUAGUAUUUUGGAUGUUAGUAAUUUCAUGUAA